GGUAAGAUCUCCAUGGUUGCCACUUCAAAGGCGCAACAGAGGCAAAACUCGUGGCCGAAACUGUAUCAUAAAACGAUACAAGCAAACUAAAACCUGCAACACAAGAGUUAUUAUGAAUACAUCGCCACCAACAACACCAAAAAGCAAAACAAAGAGCAAGCCUUCGUUCUUUUCCAAGCUACUGCAGAGUCCCUCACGACAGCGGAAACUCAAGAGUCGGACCGCUGAAGUGCAGUUUGCACAAGCACGACAAGGGGGUGGAAUCACCAAUGCUUCGCCUACGUCUAGCCCCUCACCAUCUAACCGUCGCAAGGAAAUGAUGGAUGUCAUGCUAGAGACCUCCGAUCUCGCGGAAUGGUUCAACGAACUGGUGCGGGCCGAAGAAGAACGGCAACGACAAGAACAAGAGCAACUGACACAACAGGUCGAUGCUGACGACGAAGAGCAAGCUACAUCUCCUUGCACACCACGGCAGGGAUAAAAAUAGACUCACGGUAUACAAGCAAAAUAGAUACUAGAUUAGUAAUACACACAUUGGGCGGGAAGCUAUUUAUUCUAUAACCACAACAGCUACCACAACUACGAAUACGCACUAAACUGUACGUGGGC